CCUGGCCAAGGUAUCAACAACAAAUCGAAGUAUUCUGAUCGCGGUAAUGAAAAAUAAAAAAGGACGCCAGUUGUAGGACCAGAAUUCUGCCGCAGCUUUUGUUUCGACUUGCUCAACAACAUCGCUGCUAGCGCAGCGUGUGGCGCACGGGCAAUGCGGCUCGACCCAUUUCCCGUCGGUGCGUGACGAAAAGCGCCAGACGCGAUCUGGAACCGAAGCCGGGAACAAUGAAGUUUCUGCCCGCUGCUCCGCGCGCCGGUGGAGAUCGACGUAUGGACAAAGGGCGGGCCGCCAGCAUGGACAAAACUACCCAGACAUGGACAAAAGCAGCCGAUCACAGAUCCCUAUCGCCGUUCGCCCGGACGGGAGCUUUCGGCAGCGGCGGCGCCCGCUUGCACGCGACACCGACCUGCGGUGGAGUGCUCAACUACAACCCGUUGGUCCUGCGAACCGCCAGACGCCGCCUGAUACGUCGCAGCUGCCUCCCGGUGGGUCCGCCGGAGCACACCAGCCCGGAAAAAGUACGGGCAUUAGUAACCAAGAUGCUCCACCUCCUCGCAGUCCACCGACAGAAUGAUGAUGUGUCAUCUUCCUCUUCGUCUUCUUCUUGGACCGCAGUGGGUGGACUAGUGAACAAACUGAUGAAGAUGUGCUGGUACCUAGUCCUUUUCCUCUUUGCGUGGUCUUCAUGCUCUGUCCUCCCCUGCCGCGCCGCCGUUCCAGCCGACGUGGACUGCAUCGGCUCGCCGUUCUGGAUGCGGUUGCAGAAGCAAGUGGUGGAGAACGUGCAAACCUACUACGAAACGGAGCAACAGGACCUGCCCGACCACUCGCAGCAGCACCCGUUGCUCGACGCCGCGACGGCCCGGCUGGCGCUCACGGAGCGGGGCUGCGCCCUGGGCAAGUUGAUUGCCUGCUUCGCCGCGGACAAGGGUGUUUCGGUGCUGGAGUGCAUCCAGCUGGUGCAGGUUACCUACGACGACGUGAUGGCCUCGCGGUGGCCGGUCUUCGCUUUCUUGGACCACGUAUCCUGAGGAAAAACCUCGUCCCCACGAGAACUCGAGCCGAGUUGUAUAGGCAAAUCUGCAUGCCUAAAAUGUUUCUUCUACCCAUUGUGCAACGCUAUCUUGGAAAUUGUGAUCAUGCUCCAAUAAGGAUAAUAUGAUGGAUUCGAUGUGCUGCGGCUCCACGGACCAAACUUGGACCAUGCUGAGAGCCCAGAAUUGUAGCCAUCCGAAACAGCCGAUAAAUUUUUUUGCAUACUUACCUUUUUCCCCAUGAUCUUUCUGAAUCUCGUGAUGUGCACGCGGUUUUACUGAGGACACCACGCGCAGGCGGCAUUUUUGAAGCGGGAGAAGCUGCUGGAGCGCCCCGCGCAGCCCGCUUCCUCCUUGCCGAGAAAUCAAGAUAGUUCGGGGGGUCCUGCUCUUUCGGGGGAGGAAAUGAGCACCAUCGAGGGCAUUCCGGAGGACUGCUAUUGUGGGGAAAAAUCCCCCCUCCUCAUAUCGAAAAGGCGUGCUUUUCAAAAUUUGCGAUGCUGAUUUGUGGCCACAAAUCCGGUCUGUCUUGCAAGAGAGCAAAGCCAGGGCUUCCGCUGCAUUUCGCAUGCGAUUUGUAAUGCUGCUGGGCUACUAGGGCAGACGUCUGCCAUGCUAAGUGCGUACCCCAAGCCACCCCUUUCCGGGCUUUGUAUCUCUCUGCAGUCCUCUACGGCAAGACAAAUCCGAUUUGUGUACACAGAUCCCGCAUCACAGAUUUCCACUUCGAUAUGGGGAGGGGGGAUUUUCCUUUUGGAUAACUGCUCCGUUUCGCCGCACCCGAGUCUGGAGUGGGUCCGGUUCCGCCGCCACACCUACCAGGCCGUCACCGAGGCCAUCCUGCAGUUGUCCGGCCACCCGCUUUUGCCGCCGGUGGAUGUUCCCUUGGAGAAGCUGGAGCGGUCGCUGGAUGAGGCGAUGGACUUUGGCAGCGGCAUCGUGUGUAUGCAUUGCAAAUAUGUCUGGGUCUGGAAGAGUCGAGGCUUGUCAUGCAUAUUUUGCAUGACCCGUGAGGUCUGUGAUGCUGGUGCUAGCAUCACAGAUUUUUUGAGAGCUUCUUGAUGCUAAUUACGCAUGACAAAUGCUCUCUUCGCGUGCCAAGAACUGGAGUCCUCUUGCUGCUCAUGCAACACAGAUACUUUUAGAAUCCGCGGACAGCAUUACAAGUUCCACUCUUCCAGACCCAGACAUAUUUGCAGUUGAUAGUGUGGAAGUCGGCGUCGAACACGCAACUGGACGGGUAUUACAAUUAAAAAUGCCCCCACCCAAGAACCUGGGAGCAUUUGUAUUGCAAACCUUUCCAAAUGAAAUAUUCUCCCUCUUGCGUCUAUCAGCAUCACAAGUUUUCAAUCGUGAAUAGCAAAAAUUUGUAUUGCAAAAGAUCCCAGCAAGAGCGGCGCUUGGCAUGCAAGCGCUGCUAUAUACGCCUAGACUCUGCAUCAGAAAGAUUCAUACUCCUUUCAUGCAUGGCAAAAAGUUUUCAUUUGCAAACUUCGCAUCACAAAAUAUUGCAACUUUGGGGGUGGGGGCGUUUUUCACUGUAAUAACGGGGAGCCGGUGUCCUACUGGACCAAUUUGUGCAUUUUCGGGGUCGCGGCCGCCACCUCGCUGCGCGCGUUCGGCAUGCUUCUGAACGAGAACGACGUGUUCCGCGGCGUGGAGCGCAUUUGGCAGCAACAGGCGAAGUUUUUCACGCCGGAAAUGGUGAACGUGCUGCUGCACAGCCGGUGGCGCUGGUUCGGGCUGCAACACGCAAUCUCGCUGUUGAAACGGGUCCGCUUGGACCUGCCCCGACCGGUGUUGGAGUUGCAGUACUACAAUCGCCGAAGCGGAGAUGAUGCUGAGGGAGAAGAACCCGCUUAUAAUCGUCAAACAGGAGAAUUAUCCGCACGAAGGUCGGACCAGUCCGCACGUGAACUCGAUGACGAGGGGCAUUUCCUCAACGAACCAAAUGAAGUUACCGUGGCGGAAGGCGGUUUCAUUAAUUCCCAGCUUAUGCACUGCACAUGCACAACCACAAGCACUAUCAUCAAAAAUAGCGCGCUAGCAUGAACUCGAAAAUUUUUCUAGCGAGGCUUGUUCCAAUCGUCUUAGAUAAAAUACCAGAAGACGCGGCAUGUUGUCAGGUUGUGCGGUAAAAAAUCAAGUGCGCGGCCGUUUUUAGUGCAACUUUUGCAGAGCAUACUAUUCCAGCACCAGGAACAACAAGAAGGACAAACUCCCAGGACGAGCACGCUGAUAAAAACGGAGGAAGAGGAAAUGACGUGGCAACUGCCGGCGUUGCAGAAGCGGUUGCGGCGGGACAUUGCACGGCGGAAUCGCGUCGUUUUUCUCCUUCUAACCGCGGACAAGACCCACCGCGUUGCGGAUUUUAUGGAACGGUGGUUCCGUAUAUCAACUGUAAAAAUGUCUGGGUCUGGAAACUUGUGAUGCUGCGUGGCGUAGCAUGAGGAGGCCAAAAGUGCUGGCUCAGCAUGACAAAUUUCUGAGCUUGUAAGUGUUGCCUAUUCUGCAUGACAAAUUGCGUCUCCGCAUGACAGAAAAAUGCGGCUCUUGGGCAACGUGCGUGACAGAUUUAAUAGUCACGCCAGACAAGCAUGACAAACAUGCAUUCUUCCAGACCCAGACACUUUUACACUUGAUACCGUAGAUCGCGGGACAACGGGGGCGUCGCGCUGCUCUACGAGCAGCCCAAUUUCGCGCUGAUGUGCCACGCGGGCGUGCGGGAGGCGUUGUUGUUGCUGUGGAAAAACGAGCGGCACCGACACGUGGCCGCGGAGCUUGUUUCAGAGGAAAUAGCAUCAUUCUCAUCUUCGAGCCGACGUAGUUGGGGAAAAAACCAUAGACGAGAGCAAGAAGUAGAGAAUAUUAACAAAAACGACGAGGACCCGCAUAAAGAAAAUCCGCAAAGCCCCAGUAGUGUCGAAGCUCCAACCUCCCCCGAGGAAAUCAGUGAAAACUGGUCGCUCCAAGCCUUCGAGGACUUCCUGCAGCAAAAUCCGUGGAUCUACCAAAAGUACUGCUUUCCGCGGUUGUCGGUGACCACGCCCAUGCUGAGUCUGCUGGCCUACGUGCGGCUCGCCCUGCUGAACCAUUUGGACGCCGGGUGGCUCUCCUUGCACCACAUUUUCGUCAAGGAAAAGCCCUUCGACUUUUUCUGGGAAGCCGACAUCAACGUGCUGCCGGAAUUUUACCAGCCCCACACGCUGAAAAAAUCCGCGCUGUUCGUGCAGGGGACGGCCCGAGGAGUGGCGUUCGUCGACGAUUUGCUGCGCAUGCUGUAUCGCUUCCCCUUCUCGGUCUUUCUGCGCGUCCUGCCACGGGUCGUGUUCGGCGCGCACGUGCCGGACACCGUGCCCUCCCUUUCCUUCGGUGAAACCCCGGCGGACCUGUUUUCCUCCCACCUUCCACACGUACAUUUUCUGGACUCGGAAAACGCUUUCGCGACAAAGUACGAGGGCAAGCAAUAAAGAUGCGAGGUUUCUUCAACAGCUCUAAUUGAUGUCGUGGUGGUCACGCGGGGAAGAUGAGGCAGUAACGACUAAGAAGUUCUUUUGCAGCGCAGCGUGGCUUGAUAGUUACCCCGUCUGUUGUUCCUUCUUUUAUUGCAAAAUAAAGUGAAACUCGAUUCGUGCUGCAUUUUUUUCCCAAAGAAAGUGACAACAAGCGCGACGGUGUAGACGGCGUUUGGGUUACCUCUUGCAGCCCUCACGCAAAACAGCAACUUCGGAGAAAAAUAAAAUCAAUACAGAAGUCGGAGUCUUGGAAAAGAAAAAUGAAAAUAAAAACUUCAAUAAAGAUGUUUUUCCGCCGGAAAAAUAAAAACAUGUAAAGAACUGACGUAACCGCAGCAUCGCGUGAUCGGCAAAAAUUUUUUUUGGCAAAAGAAACCUCUUCUUUCUCCCCUACAGAGCUGAAGCGUGGUACGGGGAAUGGCAGAACCUCGUGUUAUUCGAGCAGGAACCGCACGUGGUGGACCACCGAGGCAAGGACGUUCUCUCCGAAUUUUACGUACGCGACAGAAAAAAGCUAGCAUGCAGUAGCUGUACUGCAAACAUAGAUACAACACCACAAAAGCACACCUGAAUUUUGACCAUGAUGAUCCAUCCUAUGGGCCUUCUUAACUACCCAGGUCAGAAUUUUGCAUAAUACUGUGUGAGCCUUUUUCUCCCGGACACUGCGAGCGGGAGCGGACGCUUUCCCCCGAGGAAGAAAAUCCUGAGCAUCCUAUCCUAUGUAAAAACGUCCCCACACCAUAGUCAAGAUGGGAAGUCUGCAACACAAAUCCCCAAGUUUUGGGGGUUAUGCAUGACAAGUUUCCAUCUGCAGUGUAGUACUGGCUGGCAAGGAAAGCCGCAUGACGAAGCCAUUUUCUCGUCCUGUUUACAGCAUUACAAAUUCCAAAACACGACUGGAAAUGCCUCUCAUGGAAGUGCGCAUUACAAAUCUUCCUGUCAUUGCACAUUUGCAUGACAACUCUGGGGUGGGGACGUUUUUACACAGGAUACAUCCCUUCGAGUUCCGCGACCACGUGUCUGUGCUGAUGCGGCGUAUGAAGUGCAAAUAUGUCUGGGUCGGGAAAAGUGAAACUUGUGAUGCGUGUCUUGCAUUUCUGGAAAAUCUGUGUUGCAUGAGCAGCAAAUAAAGACGAGCUUCCUUUGUCAUGCAAAAACGCGAUUUGUAAUCCGUGCUAGGCAUCAACAGGUGCCUGAAAAACUUGUCAUGCUUGGCUGCCAUUGCAAGCGCUUCAAUCAUGCGCAACUCAGCAUCACAGGUUUCCAGACCCAGACAUAUUUGCAUUUCACACGGCGGGCCCAGAAACCCGUUUCGCCCCGACGCCCGGUCAUCGAUUUAUACCACGACCUGGCGCACCGGCAGGACGACAAAUCACUCCCGGAAGCAGGAUAUGCAUUGCGAAACCAUCGCACUAGUAGAAAUCGCGUGCUGACAAAUAAUUUCCUCAGCUUGAAAAAUGGGAUUGGUAAUGCGCAUUGAUUGUUGUUCGCGUGAAAAGAAAAAGAGUUUAUGAUGCACAUGCACGUCCACGAUGAUAAAUUACUACGAGUACUACGAUACUUUUGCAAUGCAUACAGGAGGCAAGACCUUCACGCAGGACGGAUGGCGGGUGGUGCGAGGGUUCACCCUCGACGGCUACGCCGCGCGGGUGGAGGAGGAAUUCUCGAGUGUCGAGCGCGCAAAGCACGUCUGCGUGCAUAUCUCACAGAAAAAAAUCAGCAUGAUAGCGUACAUCAUUUGUCAUCUUGUGCCUGUGCAAGACAUGAGAUUGCGUUUCACAAAUGUGGUAUGCUACAUAGCUUUUUUUCUCUCGCAUAGUACACCUCGGGGCGGAUCUGUGCGGGGGUGUCGUGUGCCGCAUUUCCGACCACCUACCGUUCUUCUCCGGCUGCACAAUUCGGGAGGGAAGGGAAACGAUUUUGGACAGCGGCGAGAGGAUGGGGGAACACGAAAUAGAAGACGUGCCAGUGCAAUCGGAUUCUGUAGCUCCGCCCUGGAUCUCGACCUUGCAACCAGUAUCGACGGCAGAGGAUGAAGAGUCGCCGCUGGUCACGCUGAUCCCGCCGGGCAUGCGGUUUUUGCGCGACGAGAAGUUGCACCACGUAAACUUUGCGAUGAAUUGCUGUGCGCGGGACCAGAAAACCUCGAGCGACACAGCGGUGGAGGUGGGGCGGUUGCAGACUAGGCCUUGCAUCAAGUAUGUCUGGGUCUGGAAAAAUUCGUCAUGCUCGUCUGACAUACGUGUACACCAGCUUGUGAUGGUACGUGCACGGAGAGGUCCUAUUUCAUCUCGUCGUGCAAAAUAAACCUAGUUUAUUGCCAUGCGGAAUCAUGCGGAACACUCGACCUGAUCUCAAAAACACAAACUUCUCAUGCUUGGUUGUGCAUGGCAAGAACAUGAUUCGUUGUUCACAACUUCGCAUUACUUACACCUUUCCAGACCUCCCAGACGUAUUUGCAGUUGAUACAGACGAGUAGUAUGCAGAACGAAACGCACCUGACUGCGGACUUCGUCGAGCGCAACGAGGCACUGCUGAACUACCACCGCCACCCGGCGCUCACGAUCCACAAAACGCCGACUGCGAAAAAGGGGUACUACGUGUAUCCUGUGUAAAAACGUCCCCACCCCAGAGUCAAGUUGGGAAUUCUGCAACACAGAUCCAGAAGUUUUGGGAGUCACGCAUGACAAAUUUUUCUCCGUACUGUAAUGCGUGUUAGCAAGGACACCCGCAUCACAAUUCCAUCCUGGUAUCCUGUGUACAGCAUCACAAAUUAAUAUUGCAUAACACGAUUGAAAAUGCCUCUCAUGGAAAUGCGCAUUACAAGUUUAUUUUCCUGUGAUUGUAAUUCUGCAUGAAGACAACUCUGGGGUGGGGACGUUUUUACUCAGAAUAACGUGUGGAAGGCGUUUAUCUUUCUGCAGGCGCUGGAGCCUAUCCCACGGAAAAAAGCUAGCAGUGAUCACAGUCGUUGUCCUUGUAAAAAUUAUGCGAGAAUAAGUACAUAGUACGCUCCUGUGGGCCCGCCCUGGAUGUAUUUUUCUGUCCGUCUAUUUAUUUUGCAUUUUACAAAUGUGCCCUGCUAGCUUUUGUCUGGGUGAUAGUCCAAGCCGAGGAUGACACGAUCGUUGUGUGGUCGGAUGCGGGGGUCUCCUUCCUCAAGGACCUGCGCCCCCUGCUGGCGUAUCAAGUACAAAUAUGUCUGGGUCUGGGAAGUUGCGAGAUUUGUCAUGCUAGUCUGGCAUCGCUCUGAACUCUGUGUUGCGUCACCGCAAAGAGCUCCUCUUGCCUGUCAUGCAGAGACGCAGUUUCUCAUGCGGAGUACACAACUCAGCAUUCACGGAAAAACUUGUCAUGCUUGGCAGCGCAUUUUUACAGUGUGCUCGCUAUUCCCUUCCUUGCGUCACAAGUUUCCAGAGGACCCAGACAUAUUUGCAAUGGAUAUGGCGCGGUACCUCCGCGGGAGCGACGUGGCCGCCUGCCGCACGGUGAUGCUGGAGGGGGACUGGAGCAAGCGCGACGCGUUCCUGCUUAUAUGAGAGUGCACAACUACUCCCCCUCCCCCUCAUUUGUAUGGCAUGAACAGCAACACAAGCAACAACAGAAAAGGGCCUUUCGCAUGACAAAUUCGCGUGCAUAUUGUAGUACUAUUUGAGGUUCCAAAAUUUGUCAUGCUAGCAGUGCUUACGAGCAAGAUCGGAGUUUGGUACUUUGCAUUACAAAUGAGGGGGAGGCGGGGGAGUUGUGCACCCUCAUAGCUUACCGACAUGGACUACAAGCAGGUGGUCGAAAGCAACCAGAUCGCGAGCUCUUUGAUCAUAUGCAUUGCAAAUAUCCCUGAGUGUCUGGAACAUGCCAACUUGUCAUGCCAAAUCUCAAUCAUGCAAAAAUCUGUGUUGCAUGAUUACCAAAAGCUGUCCACUUUUGACCACGUUGAAAGCGGUUUUCUCAUGCGGGAGAGGGGUGAGACAGAUCUCACAGAAUCUGUCAUGCUAGGUCCUGCAUUCCAAUCCUCGCGGGUCCUGGAAAACCUGCAUGACAAGUUUACACUCUCCCAGACCCGGACAUAUUUGCAUUUGAUAGAUCAUGGCGCGGAAAACGCCUUUGUCGCUGCAGGUCGCCAAGCAGUGGCUGAUGCACAGCGAGGACCCCCGCAUCAUGACGGAGGAGGCCUCGGUGCUUGGGUACCCGGAAUAUCGCAAGAAAAGACUGUUUCACUGUGAACUUGUGAUGCAUAGAAUGGAACACAGAACUACUUAUCUUGCUACACCUGCAAGACAUUGGAUUUUUAAGCGUGUUUUCCCUUGGGAAGUGCGCAUGGCAGCCAGGUUUUCUGUGUCAUGUGUAACAAACUUGUGAUGCAGAUCUUCCAAAAUCACCACAGUGAAACACUUUUUUCGUGGGAUACGGAAUACCCGAUAUGCACUGCGAGUAUCCGUCUGGGUCUGCAUGAAUUUGAAUGCAGAUGUUUACUGUAAAAUACAGUUUUUGCAUGACCCGGAAUUAUGCAGGGACCAGCAUCACAGGUUCUACUACUUCGAGAGCUUCGCGAUGCCCACUCUGCAUGAGAUGAAAUCCGCUCUCGUCACCAGGGCCAAAGAUAGACAACUUUUGCUGUUUUUUAUGCUAGACAGAUUUUUCUGCGAUCUGAAAUGCGCACCAGACAUAUAAUUUGCACUGCAUACCCCAACUACCACAACAACAACGACGACCAGACCGCGUUUUCGCUGAAUUUUAAAAAGUUCGGGUUUCUGGCCUUCUCCACGACGCUCCGCGACGAAUACGUCUUGCUCGGACGCAACUAUCCUGAGUGAAAACCUGGAUUUGAUAAUACCCACGCUAGAGUCAAGAUGGCACAUGUGCGUGCGGCUCAAUCGGCGAAGAAGUAGUAUUGGCCGCUGAACGCGCGCAUGACAACUAAUUUUGGGUUUCAUCUCGUGUAGUCCGAGGAUCAGCUGUUGCAGUUGCAUCGCAAAAAAUCGAGCUGCUUUCUACUUUAUCCUGAUUCAUCGAGUUCUUGUGUUACACAAAAUUUCCAGAUCAUUAAGUACUAGCAUGAGCUGCAAAUGCGCUGCGCACCAUGAGACACAUCAACCUGGGCAACGUGCAUAUUUGCAUGCUGAAUAAUUUGGGGUCGUGGGAACCGCGUUUUCCCUCAGGAUCGCAACCUCGCCAAGUUCAUCGCGAACUCGAACGCGUUUGCGCGCGGCGAGGCGCUGCUGGGAAGUGAGGAGAAAGAAAAAGCGCUGCCGAAGGAGGCCGAGGUAUGUGGAAUAAAAACCUCCCCGCCCAAGAGUUAAGGCGGCGAUGCGCAACACAAAUCCAAGCGUUGGUUUAUUUCGGAGUCAGUACGAAUGACAAGUCCUAUUUCUCUGUAUUGUCAUGCGGGUUAAUAGCAAGGACAGGCGCAUCACAAAGCCGGUUGCCCUAAUCCUGUUUACAGCAUCACAAAGUCCAGAACACGUCGACUGGAAAUGCCUGGCAUGGGGAUGCGGGUGCCAAGUUUUUUAUUUCCUGUCAUUGAUUGCAAAUCUGAAUGAAGACACGACAACUCUGGGGUGGGGACGUUCUUUUUCGGGAUACGAGGAGGUCCGGAAGUUAUCGGAGCAGUUGAACAAGGGCGAAAUCGAGGGCGUGGAAACGGAAAACCAGGAUUACUACAUCGAGGCGGCGAAGCUCCGCGACGACGAUUCUAUCCGGCGCCACCGCGACGGGAGUUACGAAAUAUGAAUGAAUAAAGACGCAGAUGAUGUUCUUGAAAUUUCAUUUCCUCAUACAUUGUCAUUCCACAAUAUGUAUUAAUACUGUAAUAUGCUUCUUGUUCUUGAAAAUAAUGUCAGGCACAGCCGUCGAAAGUAGAACCCGCUAGAUAAUUCUCAAUCGAUUCACAAAUCAACCCAGUAAUCUCUGUAAUAUCGUGUCGGAAAUGUAGUAAACGAUUAGCAUUAGGUGGUGAAGGUGAAAAGAAUACCAAUACAAUCUGCAACGCGCAGCACGCAAUGGAAAUGGUAUCGGAUUCGCAAGCACAUCCGGAGCAGCAAUAGCAGUAAAGCAGCACUUGUUCUUCGCUGCGGUCGUGUGUAUCAAGAAUAU